AUGAACUACAAACACUUACAAAUUCUAUUACGCCAAUGUAAUACUCUUGAAUUCCUGAAACAAAUCCACGCUCAAGCAGUAACACUUGGAAUUCUCCACCAUCACCAACCUUUUGCGUGCAAAUUACUUAACUCUUACGCCAAAUUGGGAACCUCACAGGAACCCAACACACUCUUUAGUCAAAUUCAAAACCCAGAUAUAGUUUCAUGGACAUGUCUCAUUAAUCUUCACGUGCAAGUUCGAGAACCCAGAAAAGCUUUGUGGGUAUUUUCUCGUUUAAUUUGUAGAAAUAUAGAACCUGAUAGCUACUCUGUUGUUGCUGCUUUAUCAGCUUGUAAAUGUAUAAAAGAUUUGGCUUGUGGUAGGAUAGUUCAUGGGAUAAUUGUCAGGUUUUCAUUAGGGUUUGACCCAAUUGUGGGUAAUGCGUUGAUUGAUAUGUAUAGCAAGAAUAAAGAUAUUGAAUCGACUGAGAAAGUUUUUAAAUGUAUGGAAUGUAAAGAUAUUGCUUCAUGGAAUAGUUUGCUUAAUGGGUUUGCAAUGGUCAAUGAUUUGGAGUCUUCUCGCCUGGUGUUUGAUGAAAUGCCUCAGAGAAAUUCGGUUUCUUGGAAUGCAAUGAUAACGGUUUAUUUUCGAGGGAUGGAAAUAGUUGAGGCAUUGGAACUUUUUAGGGAAAUGAAAGCUGGAGGAGAGUUUUGUACGGUGAUUACUAUUGUGGCUGUAUUGUCGGGUUGUGCUGACAUUGGAGCUCUUGAUCUUGGUAAAUGCAUUCAUGGUUAUGUUAGUAAAAGUAAUCUUGGUUUUGGUGUUACUGUGAAUAACGCUUUGAUGGGUAUGUAUGCAAAGAGUGGAUGUCUUGAUUUGGCAUUGAAGGUAUUUAGUGAGAUACGGGAGAAGGAUAUCUUUUCAUGGACUACUUUGAUAUCAGGAUAUGCAUUUCAUGGUAAAGGAAAGAAUGCUCUAGAGGUUUUUGCUGACAUGAUAGAAUUGAAGAUCAAACCGAAUGAGGUUACAUUUUUGUCAGUUCUAGUAGCUUGCAGUCAUGCAGGGUUACUUGUUGAGGGUCAGAGAUUGUUCAAUAGGAUGAACAAAUUCUGUGGUUUGCAACCCAAGAUUGAGCAUUAUGGUUGCAUGGUGGAUCUUCUUGGCCGAGCUGGGCUUUUAGAAGAAGCUAAAGAUUUUAUUGAACUGAUGCCAAUUAACCCAGAUGCUGUUAUUUGGAGAUCAUUACUUAGGGCUUGUUUGGUCCAUGGGAACUUGAAUUUAGCUGAAAUGGCUGCAAAAAUGUUAAUUGAAUUAGAACCAGAUGAUGAUGGGGUUUAUAUACUAUUAUGGAAUAUUUAUAUUGCUGCAAAUAGGCAGGAAGAUGCAUUAAAGAUGAGGACGUUUAUGCGAAAUCAUAAAGUAACGAAAAAAUCUGGGUGUAGUUGGGUUGAGGUGAAUGGUGUUACUCACGAAUUCAAGGCUGACUAUGUGAUGCACCACGCUGGAACAGAAAUUUUCUUGGUUCUAGAAGGGAUCAAUGAGCAAACAAAGUUGGAUGGCCAAUUUUUCGUUUUGGAAUGCAACUUGUUCUCUGAAAUUGGACUGCAUUUGACUGAAGUUCCUGUCAUCUGGUGUGAUAACCAGAGUGCUGGUUCCCUGGCUUCCAAUCCUGUCUUUCAUAGGAGGACUAAACACAUUGAGUUAGAUACUCACUAUAUAAGAGAGCAAGUCACAUCCAACAAGCUUAAGGUACAGCAUGUUCCUACUGAAUACCAAAAGGCUGAUAUUUUCACUAAAGCUCUUCCAUUUUCCAGGUUUGAAAUUCUUAGAGAAAAAUUGACCAUCAAAGCUCCUGCUGCUGCUGCUAAAAUCUGUGAUUCUGUUGCUUCUACUUCUGCUAAAUAA